CUUUCUGAUCUCCCCCCACAAGACACAGACUGCGUGAAGAGUGUAGGAGGUGGAAACAAAAGGGAGAAUCACCCAGAAGAACAGCAGGAUCAGAGAAGGUGUUAAGCAUGCCAUCAUAUGCCACCAACAUGAGGCUCAAGCUUCCCAUUCUGGCCUUAACACUGGAAGCCGUGACCAUUGUCCUGUACGCUCUUCUUGUGGUAUAUGACACCGGUGAUGCUCACGGACAUGAUGGAAGUCAUGCAAAUCUGAAUACAAAUCAUUCAAGCAGCCCAAUGACCCUUUAUCCCAUGUUUCAGGAUGUGCACGUGAUGAUCUUCAUUGGCUUUGGUUUCCUGAUGACCUUCCUAAAGAAAUAUGGCUUCAGCAGUGUGGGCAUCAACCUGUUGCUGGCUGCCUUUGGCUUGCAAUGGGGUCUUCUCCUCCAGAACAUCUGGCACAUGCAUGACGGAAAAAUAAAAGUCAGCAUCGAUAGGAUGAUUAAUGCUGACUUUAGUACAGCGACUGUUCUGAUUUCGUUUGGAGCAGUUCUGGGAAAAACCAGCCCUGUCCAGCUUCUCAUCAUGACCCUGCUGGAAAUCACUGUCUUCUGCAUCAAUGAGCAUUUGGUUGUGGAAAUCCUUGGGGUUUCUGAUGUUGGUGCCUCCAUGACUAUCCAUGCUUUUGGGGCUUAUUUUGGAUUAGCUGUUGCUCGUGUUCUUUAUCGCCCUGGUCUUCAGAAUGGCCAUGAGAAAGAAAAAUCCAUCUAUCAUUCGGACUUGUUUGCAAUGAUUGGCACAGUCUACUUGUGGAUGUUCUGGCCCAGCUUUAAUUCAGCUAUUGCUGAAGCUGGCGAUGCUCAGCUAAGAGCUGUUAUCAACACCUAUUUCUCUCUGGCUGCUUGUACUCUCGCUGCCUUUGCUACCUCUAGUUUGGUGGAGAAGAAGGGAAAACUUGACAUGGUUCACAUUCAGAAUGCCACGCUGGCUGGAGGAGUCGCUGUGGGUACCUGCGCUGACAUGAACAUCCAGCCGUUUGGAGCAAUGUUGAUCGGAAUCACAGCAGGCGUUAUCUCCACCGUUGGCUUUAAGUUCCUCACUCCCAUACUCGCCUCCAAACUUAGAAUCCAAGACACCUGUGGUGUGCAUAACCUCCACGGCAUGCCAGGCAUCCUAGGAGGCCUUGCCGGCAUUUUGGCCGCAGCACUAGGAAAGAAAGAUGGUGUUUCUCCAGGUUAUCAGGCAUGUGGUUUGGCAUCAUCUCUGGGGUUUGCUUUGGUGGGUGGUUUGAUCACAGGUCUGAUUAUGAAGAUUCCAUUCUUGGGGCAGCCACCUGAUGAAAACUGCUUCGAAGACUCAAUCUUCUGGGAGGUACCUGAGGAAGAAGAGGAACACGAAGAGCAUUUGACUCAUGGCGAUUAUUCCAUUAACAAAACUGAGGCUUGAAGCUCUGCUCCAAACCUGCUCACUUCACAAAUCAAGAGACCCGGUCCAACACGCACCUCAGGGGCUGUUCAGCUUCAGCAUCUACUCCACCUACUAACAUCUUCAACAGUGAAAUCCUAAUAAGUACUAAGAGAUGUUGUUAAUUAAUUUGUAACGGGUGCUUUUCUAAAUACAUGUAGCUAAAUUUUAAAAACACCUUCAAUUAGUUUUAUAACACUGAUAAGUGUGUCUGAAACCUUCUAGGAUUAGGAAUUAUAUAAUGAAAUUAAAGAUGUUUAAAAGUAAUUACAAAAAGUUACUAAGCUAGCUCAAAGUGUAGGUCAGUUACUGUCGUCAUGUAAAUGCUCAUAACUGAAUAGUUGCUCAUUGUAAUGUGCCAAAACCUUGUGCUUAAGUGUCUGUUAUCAAAGUAGUUCAUUUUACUUUGAAUAUGCUUUUUUUAUUAUUAUGUUUUGUAGACCCAGUUUUCAUCAUCACUAGACAUUUUGACCAAUGCUUGUUUAAUGUUCAUAUAUAUAUAUAUUAUAUAUAUAUUAAAAUCAUGCAUAUUAGUCCACAUCCAAAGAGAGAUCCUUCAACUUUCUUGCAGUAAUUAUGGUUGCUUAUCAUCGUGAUCAGUAACAACCCUUUAUGCAAUGAUAUAUGAAGUAUUUUAAGCUAUCGUAUCUAACAAAUAUAUUAUUAACUUUUAUACUUUCACACAAUGUCUAAUACU